UGACCCAACCAAAAUGGCAGCCCUGAAGAUUAACCAACACAAAGCUAGCUAACCAGGCACAUGUUUCUCGGUUUUUUUCUACUUUCAUCAGUAGAAGAGAGAAUCAAAUUACUGGGAAAAACUGGCUGCAUAACAAGAUCGACCACUGCCGGAACACAGGCAGGAUCCCUGUGCCAGGAAACCAUGAUCAAGUUCCUGCUUAUGGCCAACAAGCAGGGUCAGGUCCGCCUGUCCAAGUACUACAAGCAUGUGGACAUUGCCAAGAGGGCAUCACUGGAGGCUGACAUGGUGAAAAGUUGCCUGUCUCGCAGGAAAGAAGAGUGCUCUUUUGUAGAAUACAAGGAAUACAAGCUGGUGUAUCGGCAGUAUGCAGGACUAUACAUCAUAGUGGGAGUCAAUGAGACAGAGAACGAACUUGCUAUUUUCGAGUUGGUGCACAACUUUGUGGAGGUGCUGGACAAGUACUUCAGCCGUGUGAGUGAGUUGGACAUCAUGUUCAACCUGGACAAAGUGCACAUCAUCCUGGACGAGAUGAUCCUCAAUGGGCACAUAGUGGAGACCAACAAGAGCCGAAUCCUGGCCCCCCUGCUGGUGCUGGAUAAGAUGGCAGAGAGCUGAUCAAUGGAUACAGCCAAAGAACCACAGAGAAAACAAUUUAAAUGCUACAUACCUACCUUACUAUAUUAACGAUACUUUGCCUGUAUCAAUGAAAUAAAUACCAGUGUAUCACAGAA